AUGCAGGGUUUGUGGUCCCGCGCUGUUUCAACGCAGUCCUCCUGCCGUUGCGUCGGGUGUCUGAGCACUACCGCCAAUGGGGUUACUUCACGGGCAGCAACUGCUGCUAGACAGAGACGACUUCGAAUUGGAAACUCCGUUACCGCGCUGUAUACUAGCAUUUUCGCCGCCGCCGCCCUUGCCGAUGCGAGCGUGAAGGAUCGACGCCGAAAUGACUGGGACGAAAAGAUUGCUGCCGUAAAGGCUGAAGUGAAUGAGUUGGUGGAUGAAGAGCAACGGAUUUUGGCAUCAUUACAAUCACGAAGGGAGCGUCGGGGUCUCGAUCGCUUAAUACAAGCGAGGGGAUUCGGCACCGUUCCACGCUUCCCCCUCGGUCCUCAAUCACUACCCGGAUUCAACCAAUCAAUGAGGACUUUCCACACUGAAAGAGGGAGGUUCAAUGCGGCUGCCGCUCGCAUGGCAGAGAUCCAAACAACGGAGAAUGAACACGAGAUCGACGAAGCGGACGAGAGUGAAAUCUUCCUGCCCCAGGAGACAUUACCCAGCUGGGUUCUGGACGACGACCUUCGCCUCAAAGCCAUACAGAAACUCGCUCUCAGGCAAUUUGCGAUCCGAAUGCUAUUAAGACCUGCUAUCGCCCAUCGCUACUCAGGCAUUUCAAUGAACUACGCGGCGGAUUUCGAAACCCCCCAGGUCGAUGUUUCGCAGCUCCUUGAGGAGUUGAACCAUAUUAGAAUUCGCUUGAACACACUUAAGACCGAUCGAAGAGCUGUCUUCAGUGACGUGACAGCGGAAUAUGCUGCCAGUCAAUUGGGUGACAUGCAACGAGAGCGCGCGGCCCUCGAUUCCGAGCUCACCGACGACAUCCGCGCAUACACCAGUCAACACAUGUCUCUACAGGAGCUGAUUCUGCGUAUUUCAAACAACAUUUUGAGCUCACGGGAUCCAGAUCGACCAACGGCUUUCAGACACAUGAUCAUUGCAUUUGGUCAAACACGUCAAAAUGAUCUCGUUGAGAUGCUUCUGCGAACAUUGUUGCCCAAUCGGUUUUAUCUGAACCCCUCGCUUGUGAUAACCAUAGUCACGUUCUUCAGAAAAUCGAAAAACCUCAAGGACUUCGAUUUGUUCCUGAAGAUGUUGGGCGGAGAAGGUUACUCCGUAAACCUGGGGAGCAGGGGUGUUUACAAGCACAGAACGGUAAAUGGGUUGGACAUCAUUGUGCCGCCGCUGAACAGUACCAACCCGGUGAUCUACGCCGCUUUGAUCGGCGCUGCAUUGCGAUUUGACCAACCUGAGCGAGCUGACGCUUGGCUCCAAGCAGCUAGGAGUGGAGGCUUCUUUGAUAGCUGGGAAACGCUUUUCACAUAUCUUCGCUUUUAUAGUCUUCGCCGAGACUGGGAGAAAGGCGCGAAUGUCUUGAAAAGAGCCAUCACUUACCUGGUGUCGUCAACUGAUCACCGCGUCGACUCCGUGGAGAGAUUGCUGUCGCGAAUGGUCGGUCUUUGUGAUUCCUGUGACAAAGUUGAUGCAUCCGAGGCACUGGUAAAAGCGGCUGUACACAGCGGCUUCGACCCAAAGCUUCUGUCAAGACAGGCAGACUCAGCACCAUUUGUUCACCCCGACCCCAACCGGUGGUUGAGAGCCGCGAAAACCACACCGAAGGAGAAUGUUGACCGCCCAUUAUGGCAAAAGUGCUACGACUUCUCCAACACUUUUGGCGAGUAUCUGAGUGAAGCAGAAAUACCGGCGGAGAGCAAAUUCACCCACAAGAAUGCUCAACUAGCCAACCAACAUGCGGAUAAUGCCAUGUUUGCUGCCAUUGGCCACGGCCGAACAUCCAAAGGCACUGGACAAAGGCCUCAAGAGAACACAUCAAAUGAGGACAUAUCCAACCUAAAAAACGAAGUGGCCCACCUCCGUGAGCUGGUCUAUGAACUUCGCAAACACCAUAUCUCAACCUCUUUAAGCACAGAGUCUCCUGAUUCAGCCAAUCGUCUUGCUCCUUGCCCCGAACAACCCGCACCCGUCCAUCUGUCACACACCAAGAGCGCUUCUGGCAUUCGGAAUUUCACCACCUCAUCGACAAGGAUCACCCUUGAUAAAUCACAAUCACCGUCUCCCCAGAUACCCCGAAAACGCAACACGCGGCAAGCAAGCCGCGCAAACCAAGCAUCCGUGAACAGCACGACUCCCAUUGCCUCUCAGAUGUGA